GGUGUAUGGGUAACUUUUCUGUGUACUCUGCGACAACGAAAAAGUCCGUGGAGCGAAGCAACCUACGGGAUCGUACAUACACAUAGGUGAAAUACGCCGUGUGCAACCGGAUACGAUUGGAGCUAAGAACCUAUGCAUCGGAAUGGUUAUACUUAUAGGGUCCAUGGUGUAAAGAUGCGGGGACGAUGAUAAUCAACUGGUAGAAAACUUUUUUAAUACGGAACCGGCUGUUACUGACACCAUUUAGAUUUAGAUUUUAUUUCAUGUUCAGUGGAUAGAGGAUAUUGGAUUAAGGGAUUCAGUGAGGAAUUUGGCGAGGAAAGCGGAUAAAAAUGGAGCAAACAGGAGGGAAAAGACAGAACGCUAUCGUUCACGUACGAGGAGACUCGGGAGCGGAGUUGGACGAUCUGUUUCGCAAUGUUUUGAACUCGGCCGAAGCAGCCGAUAAAGUUCCACAGCAAGUACCAUGGCGAAAAAGAAACAUGCCUGCUUCCUUUUUCCAAGAACCAAGAAUAAGCCAUUCGAGGGAAUCGAGCGCAGACUCGACGAAUUACUCUGGAAAUAUGUCGAACGCUAGCCAUGAACUUGCCAGCCGUAGCUUGGGCCCUCAGGGGAUGACGAUCGCCCACGGCAGGGCGCACUCGUCGCCGGCAUCGCUGCAAGAGAUGCGAAGCAUCAACCCACAAGAUGUGAUCAGAAAUCAGCAUCUUCGGCAACAGAGUUAUGAUAUCACUGAUACGGAUGGCCUGCCCAGCGGCUGGGAGAUGGCCGUCACACCAACCGGACAAAAAUAUUUUCUUGACCACAGCAGUCAACAGACGACGUGGGAAGACCCAAGGAAGCCUGCCGUUGCCAAUCAACUGAGCAAAGCAAACACAAAUACAAAUAAUAAUCAGGUGCAGCAAAUUAUCAUGCAAGGCAGCGGUCAGCCCCUGCCGUCCAUGCAAGAUCUCGGGCCACUGCCCAUCAACUGGGAACAAGCCGUAACUCCAGAGGGCGAAGUUUAUUUUAUCAAUCACGUAGAAAGGACGACAACGUGGCUGGACCCUAGAAUUGCAAUGAGGGCGCCAGGUACGGUCCAGGCAGCUGCGGCCGCCUUACAACAAUCGCAGAACAACUCUAACCCUCCCCCAAGCCACUCCGUUGCAACUGCCUCCACUACAACAUCACUAUCCCAACAGUCACAGCUGCAACAGCAGGCACCACUCAGCCCUCCACAACAGGCAAGCCAGCAGGGAGGGCCGAUGACACAACAGCAACAGCUGCAGCAGAAGCUUCGCCUUCAAAGAGUGAUGAUGGAGAGAGAUUGUCUUCAGAGACAGCACAUGCGUAUCCUACAGCAGGCGCAGCAGAAUCCUAAAAACUUGUCAUCCUGCCCCAACCUAUUCCCCAGAAGUGACCGAUUUCAAAAUGUAAGUGUCUCUUUAUAUAUUCAAUGUACACACUGAAUAGUAAUCUGCACCAACCUCUUCCCCAGAAGUGAUAGAUGUUAAAAAUGGAAGUGUUUCUCAACAAAUUAAUUGUACACUCUAAAUAGUUAUGUGCACCAACCUCAUCCCCAGAGGUGAUAGAUUUAUAAAUGUAUUAAAGUUUUUCUCAAUUUAUUGAUUUUGCACUCUAAAUAUUAAAUCUACACCAACUUCAUCCCUAGAACUGAUAGAUUUCAAAAUGGAAGUGUUUCAUCAUUUUCUAUGUACACUUUAAAUGCUACCAACCUCUUCUUCAGAAGUGACAAAUUUCUAAAAUUUUAGAAUUUUAAUGUAUUUGGGGGUUCUGUAUCUCAUUGCAAUCUAUGACUCAUAAUCUGCAAAAAAAAAUUAUGCUGCCAGAUGUAGGUUAGCCUAAGAACCAUAUUUUUAUAUCAAAAAAUUUAGCCAUCCCUAAUUUUUCUACGUACCAUUUUUUGGCCAAGAGCAGCCUAGGAACAUUUCUUUUCCCAUCCUAAAUUCUGGGACUUCCUAUAACAGAAUGUUUUCAUAUCAAGAUUUAAGCCAGUCUAAAUUAUCUUGAGAAAGGGGUUUGAUGCAAGUUUAGUUAGACCUUUUGCACUAUGUGAUAAGUAGUCCAGGACCGAAAGCCCACUAUAGUAUCAACAUAAAGGAUGUCCUUAUUCAACCCUAGCUUCUAUCACCCUUUCUUGGACUAAUUGAUACACAUUAAGCCGGUAGAUUACUAGUGUGACUACACGACCAUAUGUUAUUACUUGACACUUAAUUUACUUCAUUAAUCUUAUGACAAGUUUUACGAUGGUAUAGCGAUAUGGGGAGGGCAAGGGUGCUUUAUUGUGGCCUGGUUUUUCAUAAUCUGUCGACCAUCUUUUUGAUCGUUGGUAUUGCUUAGAAAUUCAAGGUCAUGGAAAGUCCAUAUUAAAGAUGUAGUUCUUAUCAUUAGAUCAGACAAGAUUUAACAAAAAUGUGACCUAAUAUUUGGUCCUGACAUAAUAGCUUAUUUUUUUAAAAGGGAUAAUAUUGAUAAAUAAAUAGGAUUUUCCCUGCUGUAUUCAUAUUUGUUUUUGUUGGUAAUGUAUUUGGAUGUAUAUUUGUGCAGCUGAAAAUUGAAAAUUUAUGUUUUCAAGUGAAUUUGGUAUUUUUCAUUGAUGGUUACUUGUUGACUUGAAUCUGUUGCGUGCCUGGGGUUGUGAACAAUUCUUUGCCCUCUUUCACAAAUUUAUUCAAUCACUUGCAAACUAACAAUAGACAGACCAUGGCUCCCAACACAAUAAAAGAAAUUCCAGUAAAAAAAAUAUGGCAAAUUGCUGGUCAGACUUUAUUACAGCUUUGUGUAACUGGGUCCAUGAUAUCCUUUGCAUGCUGAAUGGGUCAAGAAGUUUCACUUACCAAAUAUGUUUCACCACUACAACUUUCAAUUAGUUGAAAACUAUUGUGAUUGAUUGCAAAUCUUUGCAUACAGGCUUGGUCCAUAAGUUUGACCACUCACUAAUCAUUGUUUUUCUAGAUUUGCAUGUAUGGGCUCGCAAAUAUGCAUGUAUUUGGGGUCAAGUUAUGUAGGCGUGUGUGAUCAUGGUUUGUUUAUAUCUUUUUCAUUUUUGUUUCUACGGCAACAGUCUUUCAUUAAUGACAUUAUAAAUGAAUAAAUGCCCAAUUGAUAUAAACUUAUUAUCUAGGCCUGUAUUGUUGGACAAUUUAAUCGUAAUCCAUUCUAAUUUCAUACAAAAUUCUUCAUUUUAAUAAUUGUUUUUUACUAGUAUACACACUUUUUUCACAUGCACAUACAAUUGACAUUGAUUUCAUAAUAAAAGUACAUCGUACAUACAUGUAUACUAUAUGAAGGAGCAAGUAAGAUAAAGUGUCCUGCUCAAGGAUGUCAGUGCUAUGUCAGGGAUUGCACCUGUAACCUUUACAUUUCUUGUCAAGUGAUUAAAUCAUUAAAUCACUCACAGCUCUGUGGCCUAGUGGACUCGUGGACAUGAUCAAAUUUCACUGCACUAUUUGCCCUCUACAUAAAUUCAUGUAUCAGAUAGCAAUCUAUAGCCAGUGUAAAGAAUACAUAUAUUUUAAAGCUUGUCAACUUAAUAUCAACUUUGUUCACCAUUCACUCAAAGUAUACACAACCUCCAGAACUACUUCUUUCAGCUUGUUUUCGAGCGAUGCAACUCGAGCAGAAAGUCAACAUU